GGACGGUCACGUUCACGGCCGUCAACUCUACCUCAAACCACGACCAUCGCAAAGAAUAUGUCCGCAUCUGCAGCCGUCGCUCCAGUCUCUGCCUCUGCUUCGGCGCCGGCAUCGAAACAAGACAAACCAGCGUCGAAGAAAGCACCGACUUCGAAACCCAAGGCCAAAACAACAGCGGCCAAGAAAUCGACUGCCACGAAGGCCAAGGCCUCUAAGGCGAACCCCGCCCAUCCAACAUGGAAGGAAAUCAUUACGGAAUGCAUUGUCAACGCCGAAUCGCCCCGGACUGGAGUGUCGCGCAACGCGAUUAAGAAGUACGCUGAGGACCAAUACAAACUGAGCAGCGCUGCCGAUGUUUCUCACUUGAACCGGGCUAUUGUUUCCGGGGUCGAAUCGGGCAUCUUUGUCCAGCCUAAAGGACCCUCUGGAUGCGUGAAGCUCGCACCCAAGAACCGUGGUGAUUCGUCGAAGGAGAACUCUAAGCCGGUGUCAAAGACCUCAUCGAAGCCUGCAGUGAAGAAAGCUGCACCGGCCAAGACUGCCAAAGCGACGUCGACUAAAGCGGUAUCGAAGCCGAAAACAACGACGAAGGCCAAGGCUGCCACUACCACCAAGUCAACAAAGGCCACACCAGCUAAGAAGUCGACGACAACAACAACGACCAAGAAGACAGUUGCUGGCAAGGCCAAGGCACCGACAACGAAGAAGGCGAGCUCGACUGCUGCAAAGGCUAAGAAGGCUGUCGUUGGGAAGAAGCCUGCUGCAACACCGAAAGCAAAGGCGGCUACGACCAAGGCUGCACCAAAGAAGGUUGCCGCUUCCAAACCAACAAGCAAGCCGCGUUCAGGCGCCAAGAGGGCGACUUGA